AUGUCAGCAAUUCUAAUCACAGACAAGCAGUCAGGACAGGGUCUCGGUGAAGCUUGGGAGACAUUGUAUAGCGCGGAGUCAUGACAGAACCACUGAAUACAAUAAAACCUGCAAUCAACUCUUCCAGGGUUUAUCGCGUGGGUCAUAUCGCGAGCCGUUCACCCCAUACGUGGGUUGACCAACAAGCCGGUGCAUGCUAUGAACGUUAGAAGUCUGUGGGACUCGACGUUGUCAUGCACCGCGUGAGACGACUGUUCAACGCCAACUACGGAGUAUCAGACUGUCAACCAGGCAGGUGGGACACCACAUGCAUAUAGUAUAUGAUAGCAUAGCCAUAGGUUAGAUAGUAAGUCAUUACAGCCCUCCGUAUUUAUCAUAUGAAUAGAGGUCUUGCAGCCGUCGUUGGUCUCCAAUUUUGCCCCUGCGAGAAUCCGAAUAUUGACUACAGAGGAACAUCAUGGAUACCGACACAAUCAAGGAGCUCCUGAUAGAUGUUCAAGUAUCGCUGAACGCUUAUCUGUCCAACGCCAGGGAGACUUCUCGGGUUGCGGAGACGGCGCUCAAGUUGGCCCGCGCAUUGGAAAAGCCUCGCGAUGAGAUCUUGAAAAUUGCCUACUCGCCAACAGUUGUCAUGGCCGUCAAGGUGGCCCAUAACUUGAAGGUGUUCCCAACAUUGGCUAAAGCCACAUCUCCCGUGCCCCUGAACGAGCUUGCGGCCUUGAAGCCCGCAGACCCUUUGUUGGUUGAGCGUAUGAUGCGUCUCCUGGUAGCCCAAGGUUUCGCCGAGGAGCCAAAACCAUGUGAAUACCUCCCUACGGCCCUCUGCAAGGAAAUGACCCAGCGGACAUCAACUGGUAUCGUUGAGUCCCUCUUCCUCGAAUUCCUUCCUGGAAUCCAGAAAGUUCCCGAGUACCUCCAAGUCAUCGGAUACAAGAAUCCCGAUGACCCCUUAUUUGCUCCGCUUCAAUUCGCGCACAACUUCCAGCAGGAUAGCUUUGCCUGGCUCUGCGAGAAACCCGCCGCCCUCACCCGUUUCAAUGCUUUCAUGGAAGGACAGCGUGCUGAUCGUCCUCACUGGGCGGACUGGUUUCCUAUCCCCGAUCGGAUCCUAGCUAGUGCUCACAAAGACUCAGAUGGACCCCUCCUAGUGGAUAUCGGGGGUGGUCGCGGACAUGGCUUGCUCGGCUUCAAGCAACGGUUCCCUGACGCACCUGGUAAGUUGAUACUAGAGGAUCUGCCCGUGGUGAUUGAGGAGGCACGGUCCGCACUCGAUCUUGACGGCAGCGGCAUUGACGCUAUUGGAUAUGAUUUCUUCGCUCAAGAACAGCCGAUCAAAGGUGCCCGUGUCUACUAUUUCCGAAACAUCUUCCACGACUGGACGGACGAUAAGGCACGUCUCAUCAUCAAGAAUCUCGCUCCUGCCAUGGAACGCGGCUACUCAAAGGUGCUUCUGGAGGAGUAUAUUAUCCCGGAUGAGAACGCGCGAGCACUCGAGGCAAUGACCGAUCUUGCAGUGAUGGUAUUCUGCUCCGGACUGGAGCGCACGCGCCAGCGAUUCACAAACUUAUUGGAAUCUGCCGGUCUGAAAGUAACUAAGUUCUGGGCCCGUGAGGGAGAUGGACAAGGAAUUAUUGAGGCGGAGUUGGCCUAGACAUGUAGUAUUGCUCUCCCACUGACAUGUUCAUGGCAGUUGGGAGAGACCGAGGCCGCAACUAGUGUGUCUAGCUGGUUAUGAUGAUAUGCACCUAUCUUAAUUGACGUGG